CUCCUCAAGCUGCUUUUUCUCACCUUGAUGGAUGAAUCAACGGCUGUCCGGUCAACCAUCGGGUGGGCCAUCGCGUGUCUCCAUGUCGACCGCACGACACCUUAUCCCCUAUGUCCCGCUCUGGCUAUGCACACUCUCCUCUACCAGUUAUUGCCCACCAUUCUGUCGGACGAAUCAUGCCAGUCCGUUGUGGCUGCCGUGACUUGGAUUUGUGACCUGUGGCUCUCGCUCCUCGAAGAGUUGGACUCCAAACUGAAUCUUGAACGGAAACUGCGUUCAAUGAUCGUCCUUUAUGAACCAGACGAGCUUAACCCCCUCUUGGAUCAUCAGCUAGUUUUCGCCUUACUGGCAUUAACUCUGGACUACUAUCUCUCCUCCUCAAGAACUGUUGUCUCCGUCCCAGCGAUCCACCGGUUGCUCUCAUUCGCCUCCCCAACGGAUGCACAAUCGCCGUCCGCUAAACCCUCUAGUUUGGCCGCCAUUGCUACGGACGCGCGAUCCUCCUCCCUCUUCUAUCUGGCCUUUUCGGAACGUCUGCUCCAGACGUUCUCUCAGAAGUGGCUGACUACUCACACCAUCAGCGCGCCGGUGAACCCAGUUUGA